CUUUUCGUGGCAGGGGCUGAAGUCACCGUCCCUGGAGGGAUUUAAAAGCCGUGUAGAAGUGGCACUUGGGAACAUGGGUUAGUGAAGGCCUUUGAGUGCUGGGUUAGCAGCUGGACUCGAUGGCCUUAGAGGGCUUUUCCAACCUAAACCAUUCCAUGAUUCUGUGAUUUUAUUAUCCCCUCAGAGGAUUAAUCCCACCACUAAUGCAGCUUUUCACUCGCAAAGCGCUUUAGAGGAAGUUGUGCCAGGAGAGUGCUUGGAGAGAGAAACUGAAAGUGCUGAGCAGGAGGCAGCUGCCCUCCUGAUUCCAGCUUCUCCUAGCCUGUGCAGUAGGAGUGGGUUUCCCAGUUUCUUGGUUUCUGGAGUAUUUCGGGGAAAACACAAGAGCUCCGUGACCGUGCAGCUUCCCAGGCGUGAAACCAGGGCAUUUCAGCUCUCCCAUUGGUCCACUGAAAUCCAGGAGGAGCAGCCCGGCAGCAUCCCUGGUACCAAACCGCAGUAGCUGUUCAAGCAGAUACGUUGGGUUUGUGUGGCUUGGCUGCGUUGCGGCGCCCGUGCAGCCUACCCAUGAGCUCAGACUUCCAGCAUUACAGUUUCAGGAUGCCGAACAUCGGGUUCCAGAACCUUCCUCUCAACAUAUACAUCGUGGUUUUCGGCACAGCCAUCUUCGUCUUCAUCCUCAGUUUGCUCUUCUGUUGCUACUUGAUCAGGCUCAGGCAUCAGGCACACAAAGAGCUUUACGCCUACAAACAGGUCAUACUCAAGGAGAAGGUGAAGGAGCUGAACCUCCAUGAGAUCUGUGCCGUGUGCCUGGAGGAGUUCAAGCCCAAGGACGAGCUGGGGAUCUGUCCCUGCAAACAUGCCUUCCACAGGAAGUGCCUCAUCAAGUGGCUGGAGGUGCGGAAGGUGUGUCCCCUGUGCAACAUGCCGGUGCUGCAGCUGGCGCAGCUGCACGGGAAGCCGGACCCGGGCCCGCCGCAGGGGCCGCUGCCCGGCUCCCAGAACAUCGUAUAGUCCCUCCCGGGCCGGGCCCGGGCCGCGCCCGCCCGCGGCGCUCGGACACAACCAAAGCACUUCGGCCGCAGCUGAGCAGCCCCGCAUCCCGCCGGGAUGAAGCCUGGGCUCGGAUCCUCCGCCAGGGCCAGGAGGGGACUCGGCGUCCUCGGCACGACAUCCUUCUUCCAGCACCUCCCUUCUCCAGCCCCGCGGCCGCCGGGAAGCGGCGCGGCGGCCCCCAGCGACCUCCGGGAGCGGCGCCGCGGCCCCCGAGCUCCGGCAGCUCCUGUCCCCGGGACGCGGGGCGGACCCCGGAGCGUCGCGGCCGGUUCCUGCUCCCUCUCCUCUUCGCCUUCGGUUCCUUUGCCUUUGCGGUUCCCAGCAGGAAAUGGGGUCUCGCCGCCGGAGUCGUGCUGCGGUUGGGUGUCCCCUCGGCACCUGGCGUCACCCCCGGUGGUGGCUGCGUGGGGUCUCCCGGGUUUGGAUUCUCCCCCACCCUCUCGAGGGUGGCUGCUCCUCCUCCUCGGCUACCUCAGGGGCCUGGAGCCCCUGUGAGCGGGCACCGUGCCGGCCUCAGCAGCAGCGGGAGCCAUGGCGUGGGGGGAGGCAGGCAGAAAUCCCGGCCUUUGGGAUCAUCCCGUGGCUUCCAGCCUGGCCCCGGGGGUCUCUGGGCAGCGGUUCCCCUUGCCAAAACACCCAAACCCCUCAUCAGCGCCUGGGGGGGAGCUGGGCCACCCCCUGGCCUCUCUGACCACAGGUUUUGGGUGUCCCCUGCCAUCCUCAGCGGUCGCAUUCCCGGGCUUGGGGGAGGGGGGUGUCAGUAUUACACGGCAGCGGCUUUCCCGGGGACAGGGCUGGGGGGGCUCCUGGUGCUGUCCCCCCUCCCAAAAAACUGUUUAUGGAGCGUGGAGCCUCAUAGACGUGUUUGUACACUACAAAUUCUGCAGCAGAAUAUUUUUUAAAACAUUCGCUGGUUUUGUUUUUGUUUUUUUUUUUCCUCUGUUUGUUUGGUUUUUUUGUAAGCUCUAUUUUUGUAUAUUUAAUUGCUAUUUGGAAAUUCUAAUAAUGCGUCUUUUUUGCUAAUCACUCUUCUUAAGGAAAAACCAGGAAAGAAAAAAAAAAAAAAAACAACCAAGAGUUUGCAUGUGAUUUGACUUGAAAUGUAAAUAAAAGCAGGUUUUGGAA